AUGAAUGAACAAAGCAGUCCAAAAAGGAAGCUCCAGGGACAGCUGGGUCCAAGAGCGGUCCAAAGUCAUUCCUGGGGACUUCUUUCUGGGACUCCUUGGAUGUCUGAAAUGCAUGAUACUACACUUAAACAAUUGAGACGAGAAGACAUCCGUUACAACGAGUCAUCAUUCUUAGAUUUCUUAAAGGAAAAUGUGGAAAAGAAAUCCUCCCGUGCGCUUAUCGAAAAUGCCAAAACGCUGAAAACUGAUGAUUCCUCUGAAGAUGAGGAUGAUGAUGAUGAAUAUAAAUCGGAGGUGCUGAUCAGGCCAGUGGUAACACAAAUGGCUAUACUACGUGGAAAUUCUGAAAUUUUUGACGUUUUGGUCAACGCAAAUGUGGACAUCAACGCCUUAGAUUUUGCAGGAUUGACACCUCUUUGGAUGGCAAUAUAUGCAUCUCAGGACACCAUUUGUAAUAAACUCAUUAGCAAGAAAGCUGACGUUAAUACCUUUAGAAAAGAACUUUUAUCACCUCUCAUACUUGCAGCAUGCUUAAAUAAAAGUAAGAUGAUAGACUCUUUACUGAAGAAGGGAGCAGACUGCAAUUAUCGAAGCGAUUCUCGUGAAACAGCUUUAUACUGGGCUUCUCGUGUUGACAAUUUCAACUCUGUAAAACAAUUGAUAGAAUAUAAAGCUGACCUAUCUAUGUAUGAAGAUAAAGACAAAUCACCAUUUUGUGUUGCAGCGGAGAAUGGGAAUCGAGCAAUAGUCGAGCUUCUGUUUUCAAAUGGAGCAAAUUGCAAUUUCCUUGAUAAGGAUGGCCGCUCGCCUAUAUACUUAGCUUCCAAUGCAGGACAUGCAGAAAUAGUGAAGUUUUUAUUGGAAAAGCGUGUAGAUAUUAAUUCUACCAUGUACAAACCAUUGCUUGCAGCUAUAAGGAAUGGGAAUGCUGAAAUUGCGAAAAUGCUAAUACAAGCUGGGGCAAGUCUUAAAACACAUUUUACAUAUUGGGGUUUUACUACCCCCCUACAUGAGGCUGUUCACGCAAAUAUGCCAGACGUCAUUCAAGCUUUGCAUAGAUAUGAUCUCGACUGCAGAGCUAAAAACGAUGAAGGCAUAACACCUCUGGAAGCUGCAAUUUGGAUGGGGAGAAAAGAAAUAGUACAUCAUCUCAUAACAGGAGAGAAUUCCAUUACAAAUGGAAGUGGAAAUGAACAUUUGUUUAAAGCAACAAGCAUUCUGAAAGUAUUGCAUUAG